AAACUGUUGUUCUUUUCCCACCUUCCUCCGUGCGACAUGGGAAGUCGAGAGCUGACGAUCUUACUGCUGGGCACCUGCCUGGGCUUGUGCUAUGCCCAGAGCGCCAUCACCAACAUUGAAUGCCCAGUCCCCGGGAACCCAACAACGGUAACAGAGGAGGACUGCAGCUUGUACACGGCAUGCGUGUGGGACGCGGAGGCAGGCGUGUGCCACAUGGCGGACAACAGAGCGGCGGGGUACUACUACAGCACCGACCCUGUCGACACCGGGAGGGGCUUUGUUUCGACGCUGGUGAAGAGCGACAGAUCCGUGACGAUGUUCGGUGGUGACAUCAACGAUGUGCGACUUGAGGUCAUCUACCAUGAAGACACACACGUGCAAAUCAAGUUAACGGACUCGUUCAGAGAGCGUUACGAGGUGCCGUUGGCGGUGAACCUGCCUGCCGUGGCGGGGUCCAACCCUGCGUACGACGUCACCAGGGGCGUGGCGGGGGCACCCGUCGUCCUGAACGUCACCCGCAGGAGCAACGGCAACGAAAUUUUCCGUCAGAUUGGGCCCAUAACGUUUGAGGAUCAGUUCUUGCAGUUCACAGUGCGUCUGGCAUCAGAGUAUCUGUACGGCUUCGGCGAGAACGUGCACCGCGAGCUCGUACACUCGUUCAGCCCUCGUGCCACUUAUCCAAUGUUUGCCAGGGACAGAGGCGUCUCCGCUAGUGAAGAUAAAGUCAAUCACUACGGUACGUUCCCUUACUACGUCAACAUCGAAGAUGACGACGGCAACUCCCACUCUGUCCUCUUCCUCAACUCCAACGCCAUGGAGUAUUCAACCUUCUUGCUCGAAGACGGAACUCCCGCCCUGACGAUCCGCUCGAUCGGCGGUGUGAUCGACCUGCACAUUUUCACGGGUCCCACGCCCGAGGACCUCAACAAGCAGUACAGCGCGUUGGUUGGGAAGCCCACGUUUCCACCCUACUGGUCUCUGGGCUUCCAGCUCUGCCGCUGGGGCUACACCUCCACCGACGAAGUCAGGGCCGUGCGACAGCGGACAGCUGACGCCGGCAUCCCUCAGGACGUGCAGACUUUUGACAUCGACUACAUGGAAGACUUCAAGGACUUCUCUUACGACCACGUCAAAUUCAACGACUUGCCUCAGCUCGCAGACGAACUUCACGCAGACAACUUGAAGAUGGUUCUCAUCCUCGACCCCUCCAUAGGCGUUAACAUCACAGACAAUCCUCCUUACGUCACAGGAAGAGCCGAGGACGUAUUCCUCAAAUGGAUGACGCCAGACCUGGUCCCAACCGACCAGCCUCCAGAGGCCGACGACUUCUUGCUAGGCAACGUCUGGCCCAACGAGAGGUCGGCCUUCCCUGACUUCAUGAAGGCUGCUACCAGGAGCUGGUGGCUCGAUGAAAUAACUUACUUCCACCGGCUCAUUAACUUCGACGGACUGUGGAUCGACAUGAACGAACCUGCAAACUUCGACACCGACGGUGGUCAGCCAGACCAUCUGAUGUGUCCCAAAAAUCACCUGGAAGACCCGCCAUACCCAACGCUAGCGGCCUACACUCCUGACAACGCCGUGCAGCGCCUCUGCGACAAGACGCUCUGCAUGUCCACCGCUGCCAACGACGGCAGCAAGCAGCUGCUGCGCUAUGACAUCCACAGCCUCUACGGACAUUCAGAGGCCGAGGCUACGUUCAAUGCCCUGGGUAGCCUAUUCCCAGGCAAACGACCAUACCUGUUGACGCGCUCGUCGUACGUCGGCACCGGACGCUACUCCUUCCACUGGCUGGGCGAUAACGUCGCUACCUGGGAUGACAUGGCCAUCUCUGUUGUUGGUGUCAUCGAGUUCAAUAUGUUCGGCAUCCCGAUGGUGGGCGCUGACAUCUGCGGCUUCGGUGGCGCUACGACGCAAGAGCUGUGCUCCCGAUGGCAUCAGUUGGGCGCCUUCUAUCCGUUCAGUCGCAACCAUAACGCAAUCGGCCAGCCCGACCAGGACCCGGCAGUGUGGCCCGAAGUGGCGGCGGUAGCCCGAGACGCUUUCCUGACGCGCUACAAGUUCUUGCCGUAUCUCUACAACCUCUUCCACUACGGCCAGAUGGUAAUGACUGGAAAGUUUAACCGCACGGCGGCGGCCGGAGUGAACCUUGGCAGCGUCCGCGUGCUCGGACUGCCUGCAAGCCCGACCGCCAUUUCCGUCAACGGCGUCGACACCGACACAUUCACGUACGAUUCCGCGACGCAGGUGCUCGUGCUCAGCCUUAACCUGCCGCUUAACGAAGACUUCAGCAUCCUCUUCAGAUAA